GGCGUGGCCAGGAAGUGACAUGGCCGCUUCCUUAUACGGAGGUUGCUCGCCUUUCUCCGGUUACUUGUAGGUUAAAUUAGUUCGUCUUUUUUGUCACUCACAGUUUCAGUAGUAUUUACCGGCAAAACACCAAGCGGAGCUCAGCAUGGGCACCGUCCAUGCCAGGAGCCUCGACCCUCUGCCCAUGCACGGGCCAGAGUUGGGAGUCCAACCAGAUGAUAUUGAUGUUCCAGAAAUUGAGGAGCCAAAGCAAGAAGUUCUUGAAAAUAAGGAUGUUGUAGUUCAAAAAGUGCACAUAGAUGGACUUGGAAGAACCAAGGAGGACCUGUUGACUUAUGAAAUUUCAGAAGUUUUCCAGGCAAAGAACCUCAUUGAUGUGAUGCGAAAGUCUCACGAGGCCCGACAGAAGCUGCUACGUCUUGGUAUCUUCAGAAAGGUUGAAGUUGUUAUUGACACCUCACGAGGUGAGGAUGCUCUUCCUAACGGCCUCGAUGUGACCUUUGAAGUCACAGAGCUGAGACGUAUGACGGGAAGCUACAACACCAUGGUUGGAAAUAAUGAAGGAAGCAUGGUACUGGGCUUGAAGUUACCCAAUGUAUUUGGUCGGGCAGAAAAAGUGACAUUCCAGUUCUCCUAUGGCACCAAAGAAACGUCCUACGGCCUGUCCUUCUUCAAACCUCAACCAGGACGCUUUGAACGCAAUAUUUCACUCAACGUGUACAAAGUAACAGGUCAGUUUCCGUGGAGUUCACUGAGGGAGACGGAUCGAGGCAUCUCUGCAGAAAUGAGCUUCCCUGUGUGGAAAACCAACCAAACCCUGAAGUGGGAAGGAGUGUGGAGAGAGUUGGGCUGUCUGGCUCGCACUGCAUCUUUUGCCGUCCGGGAGGAGAGCGGCCACUCCUUGAAGUCUUCACUUUCGCAUGCGAUGGUCAUCGACACGAGGAACUCCUCCAUCCUCCCGAGGAAAGGUGGUCUGUUGAAGAUCCAUCAGGAACUCGCUGGAUACACUGGGGGAGAUGCCAGUUUCCUAAAGGAGGACUUUGAGAUCCAGCUCAACAAAGCACUCUUCUGGGACUCGGUGCUUUCUGCCUCACUGUGGGGCGGUUUGCUUCUACCCAUUGGUGACAGGCCAACAAGUAUAGCAGACAGGUUCUACCUUGGUGGCCCCACCAGUGUCCGGGGAUUCAGUAUGUAUAGUAUGGGCCCACAGAGUGAAGGUGACUACCUGGGAGGAGAGGCCUACUGGGCUGGAGGCCUCCACCUAUACACCCCUCUACCCUUCAGGCCAGGCCGGGGAGGCUUCGGUGACCUCUUCAGGACCCACUUCUUCCUCAAUGCUGGAAACCUUUGUAACCUCAACUAUGGUGAGGGGCCACAUGCUCAUUUGAAGAAAUUGGCAGAAUGCAUCCGUUGGUCAUACGGAUUGGGUAUUGUGCUGCGUUUGGGGAAUAUUGCCAGGUUGGAGCUUAAUUACUGCAUUCCCAUGGGAGUCCAGAGUGGAGACAGGAUAUGUGAUGGGUUCCAGUUUGGAGCAGGAAUCAGAUUCCUGUGAAACAAUGUUUGUUUCAUGCCAGAUACGUUUUAUUGGAAGGGGAAAUUGCUUGUACAGAAUUGUUGUUGUGAUGAAAUAGUUCAAAUAAAAAGUUUGCUCUCA